AUGAACAUUGAAGAUGAUGAGAACAAAGAGAAAAAAGAAACGUGCUUAUCAUACAUUAAGAAAAUAAAUAUGUCAGAAAUAAUAAAUGAUGAAGCAAUUGGUAAGCGAGCUGAAUAUUUAUGGAAUUUAGCAUUAUCUGCAGUGUAUAUAAAUGUAAAAUUAUCUAUGAAGUAUAUUACCUUGAUAAAAAAAAUAACAAAAAAUAAUUUAUUAUUUGAUAAUAUAUGUUGUCAUUAUUGUAAUUUAAUAUAUAUUCCAUUUUAUAAUUGUAAGAUCACCCAUAGUCCGAAUCAAGGGAAAGCAACUUACACGUGUUUACUUUGUAAACGUAAAAAAAAAAUAAAUUUACAACAUUUAAGCAAACAUAAAAACAUAUAUCCCCUUAAGCAUAGUGACAAACAUAAACCAUCCACCAGUAAUUUGUCAAAUGUUAAUUUCUUUUUAAUUAAUGAAAUUGAUAAUUAUGAAAUAAAAAAGAAUAAUGUCCCCCUUAAUAAGGAUGAUACAAGUAAUACUGAAAACCAAUUGAUCACAAAACAGGAGAAUAAAAAUGAGGAUAUUCUUAAAGAUGUUAGUUGUGCAGAUAUGCAAAAGGAGGAACAUAUUAUAAACCAGGACAAUAUUAUAAACCAGGACAAUAUUAUAAACCAGGACAAUAUUAUUAACCAGGAUAAUAUUAUUAAUCAGGAUAAUAUUAUUAACCAGGACAAUAUUAUAAACCAGGACAACAUUAUUAACCAGGAUAAUAUUAUAAAUCAGGAUAAUAUUAUUAACCAGGAUAAUAUUAUUAACAAGAACGAUAUGUACCAAAAUCUAUCCUAUUUAUUUCGAAUCGAUUAUGGAAUAAAUAAAGAUGAUACUCAAAAAGGUAAUGAAAUUUAUGAUAAAUCCAUUGUGAAUGAAAGUGAAAAAUGUAAAAGUGUCCAUAUUGAAAAUAACAAAAAUGAUGAUAAUAAGAAUAUGAACAGUGAAUCUAAAAAUAUUAAAAACGAAAGAAAACGUAAAUCCCAAAACAACAAUAUAGCACAAAAUAAAAAUCAGGGUUUUCCGAAUGUGAAUAUGAAUGAUGGCUUUUUAAAUUUUAAUAAAUCCAAAAAAAAAAAGGGGAAAAGUAUAUUAGAUAUACUAUAA